GCAAAAAAAAAAAGUAUUCUUUUUUAUUGCACUUGUAAUCAUGCAGGUGCAUGUUCGUACAGUUUCGUAUCAAGAUGCAACUCUAUGUGGAAAAUAACAGAACCGCACGGGUGAGCAAAAGAAACUUAAUUUGUUCAUAUAUAUUCAUUUAAAAAUGCCCAUCUCAGCCCCUUCGGCCAUAACUCAUCUCCAAACAUUUAAUGAUCUCUACGGAACUUGAAUAUUCAUGUAUUUCCGAGCCUAUAUAUACACUUGUCCUGCACUAUUUGUACUUCCAUCCACAGAUAUCUUAUUCUUUCAUUGCAAAACUAUUCUUAACCUUCCUCCGACUCAAAAAUGAAGACCAAGUUUAUAAAAGCAUGCGAAAACAAGUUGAAAAUGAUGAAGGGCAAAGUCGUGAUACCUUGUACGUCCUGCGAGAGUUGCUGCGAGAGGAUGUGUUGGCCAUUCAAGAAGGAAACCGAGAUGAUACCGAAGGACGUGCCAAAGGGUCAUUUGGUUGUGUAUGUGGGCGAGAAUUACAAGAGGUUCGUGAUAAAGAUCAGCUUGCUUAAACACCCGCUCUUUGUGGCAUUGCUGGAUCAAGCUCAGGAUGUUUACAACUUCACUACCAACUCCAAACUAUGGAUUCCAUGUGAUGAAAACACAUUCCUCGACGUUGUCCGUUGCGCUGGUGCUCCUCAGCAUCAGAGGAUCUGCAUGUGCCUGUAG